GAGAGAGAGCGGAGGAGACAGCACAUGGCGUUGGUUCGAGCACUGGAGAAUCGUCGAAAAAUGGAGGAGAAGGAGAAGAAAAGGCUGGAGGCGAGGGCCGAGAGAAUAGCGACGAAGGAGAAACGCGCCGAACAGAGGAAGGUGGAGAUGGAACUGAUCGAACAGAUCAGAAAGCCUGUGGAGGACAUGGAGCUAACGGAUCACAGAUCACUGCCAGAAUUGAAGCGAAUACCCGGUCUGAAGCUGUCUGGCCAGGCGUUCGCAGACAUCGUGAUGGUGUUCGAGUUUCUGCAUAAUUUCGGUGAAACCUUAGGCUUCGGUGAGUCCGUCUUUUUAUAUCGAUUGCUUUCAGAGAUCUGCGAAUUCUUGAGAAGAAGCUCGUUCCGAUGUUUCGUUUCGAAAUCUUCGAAAAUUCGUUUCCAAUACCAAUUGUUAACCAAUUAUCGCGUUGUCUCCACUCGCUCAGAUAUGGAGUCGCUGCCAAGCCUAAAGAGCCUUCAGCUGGCGCUACUGAACGACGAGGAAGCCGAGGAGGAACUCCUUUCCGUAAUGACGCAUCUGCUGGUAUGCGCGAUCGAGGAUCCUGGAAUCCCUCAACCAGCGAGACACACGACCGGCCUUGGUCAGAGUUUGCGUCAAGCUGACAUAACGCACGCCAACAUCAGCGAGGUUUUGCGAAUCUACUUGUACGCGAACGCGACAGGCGAGGUGAAGGCCUUGACAGGCGUGUGUCUGGAACGAGAACGCGACAAAAAGUUCGCGGACCAUCAUCAGAACGGUGGUGACUAUGCCUCGACUUGCUCGGGCAAGAACGCCCAGUUCUACGAACACUUGCACAAUAACGAGACCUGGAAGAUGUCCGAGAGGUUGAGGGACAAACCAUUCCUAGCCUUGAAUCCGACGCACAAGGCGCAGAUGCUCGCGUUCCUCUGCAACGAGCUGUUGCAGAACAAGGCUGUGAUCAGACAGAUCGAGGGUAGCUUGGAAACGGUGGCUCAAUUGAGAAAAGAGAGAUUCGUAUUGGACACGAAGAUCAGAAAGCUGAGACAACUGCACAGUCGAAAAGUGCGAAUGGAAGCGGUAGGCGUGAUAAUCAACAAAACUGGGGACACUAUCACGAUCGAGAAGAAAGAGGUCGACGAGGAAGGUAACACGACGUCGACGGCAGUGGGGACGACGCCUACUCCCGACGAAAUUCAUCACGAAGACGAGGUUGAAGACAUGUCCGAGAACGAGAGCGAGGGAACUCAACCUGAAGAGGAGGAGGACAAGAAUUUGUCUGGCGAGGAGCUCGGCAAGAAAUUGGAUAAACUGUUGAAACAAUCGGAAGAGCAAUUGCAGAAAUUGAAUAGUUCCUCGAAGCAGCUACGAGCGCAUAUAUUUGGGCAAGACAGGUACUGGCGAAGAUACUGGGAACUGGCAUGCGCAGGCGGCAUCUUCGUGGAGGCCAUGGAGAGCGCGGAACCUGAGAUACUCGAGCUGCAGGCUGAACUAGACGAAAAGUACAAAAACGUGUCGGUGGAGGAGAAGACAGAAACAAAACGGGAGGACACGAAAGUCGAGAAUCGCGAGAACGAAGCCCCGAACGACGUGAAGAAGGAGAAGAAAUUCAAUUCGAGCGAGCAAGAGGAGGACGCGAAACCUUUGACGGAUAAAACGAAGUGUGAAAUCGAAGAUGUCAAUUGCAAGAAGGAACCGAUGCAGAACUGCGAAAAUUUGACGAACGUGAAGGAGGAGAAGAAGAACGAUUUGGAUAAUUCGGUGGCCGAUGCGAAGACCAACGUCACGUCUGAAGAGAUUAAACAGGAAACAGAAGUGGUCAAUAUGGAUGUGGACGCGAAAGAAGAGACGAAGAAAGAGAACGACGAAACGGACGAAGAUGUGAAACCAGCGGUGAAAAUGAUGGAAGAUAAAAUCGUCGAAACGAUCCCAAAUGGUGACAAGUUCAACCAUGUUAAUAACCUUCACAACGGAAAGGAAUUAAACGGCACCUUUAUUUCUAAUAACAGCAACGAAUCCAAUUGGUUCUCGAUUUUACCUCGGGAGACCUGCGAUACUCCAGGACCAAGCACCAAGCAAAUAUUUGGCAUAGCCGAACCAACCGAAUUAAGAAUACCAGUAUUCCCUCCGCCGGCUAGUCCGAACUACGACAGAUGCGACAGUCCAGCUCCGUUGAUUUUGACCCAGGACGAGGCAGCGCAACUUGAAUACUUGAAAGUGCACGGUUUGCCACCUCCUGGAGAAGCGAAGCCAGUACCGAAGGACCUGAGAUACGGUUGGUGGAGAAUAACGGACGUCGACACGUUUCAAGAACUGUUGGAACACCUUCAUUCCCGCGGCGUUCGCGAAAAGGAGCUAAAACGAACAACGUGGGCGACCAUGGAAUCCUUCCUAGCUGUUACCGGCAAGAUCAACGUGGAUCCUGGUAACCUGACCGCUACCGAACUUCAAGCGACGCCCGACGAACCUGACACACCGAUCCCGAAACCAGACAACCCUGCAGACUGGAGCGAACAAGUCGCGUUACGUGUGGAUGCGCAAUUAUUGGAACAAGUCGAGGCACUGGAAGACAAAGUUGCAAAUGCCAGCAUGCAGGUCAAAGGCUGGAAGUUACCUCCACGGGCAGGAACCGAAGAGGCCGAAGAAAUUGAGAAACUGAACGAAAUGGAGAAAAUUAGCGCGGUUGAGCAAGCUCGACAAAGGUUACUGUCUUUGGAAGCAGCUAUCGAGAGGAGAUACUUGAAACCACCAUUAGGUGUUUGUACGGGAGAUCCAAACCUGGCGGCUUUGAAGGCAGAGCAAGCGGCCGCUGCGAACGCAAAUUCGAGUAAUUCGGAUCAGAGCAAUCAGACCCCGGUACCUCAAGAAGAAACGACUCCAAGGGGGCUGAACAACUGGCGAGAAGCUACGGCACGAGCACAUACAUCCGCUCAGCUUGCUAUGGCGCUUUAUAUGUUGGAGGCCAGCAUCGCUUGGGACAAGAGCAUCAUGAAGGCUGUGAGUCUAACACCAGCUAGAAACUCGGUCUGCGUCAAGCUACGAAACCGCUGCGUCUCACUCAAAGCUACCACUCAAUACAAUCAGCUAUUGACUACUUCUCAGACCUCUAAUUGUCAGUUCUGUCAUAGCGGAGAUAAUGAAGACAAAUUAUUAUUGUGUGAUGGUUGUGACCGCGGCUAUCAUACUUAUUGUUUCCGUCCAAAAAUGGAAAACAUUCCUGAUGGUGACUGGUAUUGUCACGAAUGCAUGAACAAAGCUACAGGAGAACGAAACUGUUUGGUAUGUGGAAAGAGGGUUGGUAAAAACUUAGUGCUAUGUGAACUCUGUCCACGGGCUUAUCACACUGACUGCCACAAUCCUGUUAUGCCAAAAGUAAGCAACUCUUUUAUCCAACUAUUUACAGAACAUCAAAUGCCAAGGGGAAAAUGGUAUUGUUCUAAUUGCCACAGUAAGCAACCAAAGAAGAGAAAUAGUAGUCGAAGGAGUCAUACCAAAGGGGGAGGCACCAGAGAAAGUGAAAGUUCUGAACAUCCACCAGCUAGUCCAACGCCGUCAACGGCAUCGAACACACACGUAGAGGACGUCAGUUCAUCGGAACCAGCAACCCCAACUGCCUCGCCACGGAAGGAGGGAAACAAUAGGACGCUCACGAAGAAACAACAACGAGAGUUGGCUCCUUGUAAGGUGCUACUCGAACAGUUGGAGCAACAGGACGAGGCCUGGCCGUUCCUCUUGCCGGUGAACACCAAACAGUUUCCUACCUACAAGAAAAUUAUUAAAACACCCAUGGAUCUCAGUACGAUCAAGAAGAAAUUACAGGACUCCGUGUACAAGUCUCGCGAUGAGUUUUGCGCCGAUGUCAGACAGAUGUUCAUCAACUGCGAGGUAUUCAACGAGGAUGACAGCCCCGUGGGGAAGGCUGGACACGGAAUGCGCAGUUUCUUUGAAAUGCGUUGGACCGAGAUUACUGGCGCACCACCUCCACACCCACAAACGCAUAGCUGA